AUGCACCACGAAAACAGUUAUACUAACAAAUUACAGGUUCACAACGAGCCUUACGUCUACAAGACCAGACCCGAUGGUGUUAACAUCAUCAACAUUGGCAAGACCUGGGAGAAGAUCGUUCUUGCUGCCCGUAUCAUUGCUGCCGUCCCCAGAGCCGCUGAUGUAGUUGCCAUCUCUGCUCGUACCUACGGUCAAAGAGCUGUCCUCAAGUUCGCCAACCACACUGGUGGUACCGCCAUUGCCGGUAGAUUCACCCCCGGUAACUUCACAAACUACAUCACAAGAUCUUUCAAGGAGCCUAGAUUGAUCAUCGUCACUGACCCCCGUACUGAUGCCCAAGCUAUUAAGGAGGCUUCUUACGUUAACAUUCCUGUUAUUGCUCUUGUCGAUACUGACUCUCCUUCUGAGUACGUCGAUGUUGCCAUUCCUUGUAACAACAAGUCCAAGCACUCGAUUGGUCUUAUCUGGUGGUUGUUGGCCCGUGAGGUCCUCAGACUUAAGGGUGUUCUCCCAGACAGACAAACCGCUUGGUCUGUCAUGCCCGAUUUGUACUUCUACAGAGACCCUGAAGAGGUUGAGGCUCCUGCUGCCGAGGAGGAGGUUGUUGCCGAGGAGGCUGCUGCCCCUACUGAGGUCAGUGCUGCUGGUGAGGAGUGGGAUGUCCAACCCGACGCCGGUGCCGGUGCCGCUGACUGGGCUGCCACUGACGACUGGGCUGCCGAGGCUGCUCCUGCCACUGCUUAA